AUGCUGUAUGACUCUAUCCAGGCGAGAGGUCGUCUUGCUUGCCAUGUAUUUCGCAAAAUGUUCAUGGCUUGUGCUCAACGAUUGACUGCAUUUGGCGUUCGGUCAGAAAGAGCCAACAAAAAAGAAAAAGCCAGUGACUCACAUCAAGCGAUACACGUCAUGAUAGAGUGGACAAGGGAGUUUGGACCAAACGUUGAAGGAUAUUGCACGAGGCCGCGACAGAUGGGUUUUGUCUUCGGCUGGUCAGACACGGGUAAGGCAGGCGUAGAGAGCGAGACAGUGACAUUGCAGUCAUUGGACGACGAAAGUGAGACAGUCGCAGAUAUGGGUAGUGGAAAGGGUGCUCGUGUAUAA